GAGGAGAAGCCCCUGCCCCCAGUCCUGGACUUGGCCUUCCCGCUUCUGGUCCAUGAUGGAGACACUGUCGCAGGAUUCUCUGCUGGAAUGCCAGAUCUGCUUCAACUACUAUAGCCCGCGGCGCAGGCCCAAGCUGCUGGACUGCAAGCACACCUGCUGCUCGGUGUGCCUCCAGCAGAUGAGGACAAGCCAGAAGGAUGUGCGCUGCCCCUGGUGCCGUGGCAUCACCAAGCUACCCCCGGGCUUCUCCGUGUCACAGCUCCCCGACGACCCCGAGGUCCUCGCUGUCAUCGCCAUCCCGCACACCUCAGAACACACCCCGGUCUUCAUCAAACUCCCCAGCAAUGGGUGCUACAUGCUGCCCCUGCCCAUCUCCAAGGAGCGCACACUGCUGCCCGGAGACAUGGGCUGCCGGCUGCUGCCUGGGAAUCAGCAGAAGUCGGUGGCUGUGGUGACCAUCCCCACCGAGCAACAGCCUCUGCAAGGGGGGGCGCCCCUGGAGGCCACAGAGGAGGAGCAAGACAGGCGGGGCGUGGUGAAAAGCUCCACCUGGUCCGGGGUGUGCACUGUGAUCUUGGUGGCCUGUGUCUUGGUCUUCCUUCUUGGCAUUGUGCUUCACAACAUGUCCUGCAUUUCUAAGCGCUUCACUGUGAUAUCCUGUGGCUGAAGGGGGCUGCAGAGGCAAGUCUCUUGUGGGUGCCAACUUAGGGGGUGAGCAGGUGUUGAUGAUGGGAUCCCAGUGAGAAGAGGGGGCAACACUGACCAUUGGGUGCCGAGCACUGGCCUCUGGGUUGCCAUUGAUUAACCCAGAGACAGCCAUGAAGGGUGGAAUGGAAGGUCUUAACAAGAUUCCAGGCAGAGUGUUGUGAGUGUUGAUGGCAGCAGCUUUGAAGAUGAUUGCAUGCAUCCUCAUAAUCAUUUAUUAAAUGGACUGUAAUUUAUGAUUUUUCGAAAUCAUGUUACAAGAUAGACAUAUUCUACUUAGUUGUCAAGCUGUACAAGCACCUGCGAUGGGAUUUUCUCUAAAUUCAGUAGAUUAAAACAAAGAUGCUUUGUAUACAAGUAGAAUUAAACCUGAGAACCUGUAUAAAAAUUCAGUGAAGAUAUGCCAAGCUGGCUGCUUUCCUCUUUUCUUUCUACAAAACCCUGUUUUCUCCAGUGGCUAAGGCUUUUUUAUACAUUUUGAAGUGCACCAAAUUAAAGUAAGUUCAGUGGACAGUUGUUUUUAAUGGAGAACAUAUUUGAACAUGUGUUUCCAGUGUGUUGUGUUUUGUCAUGUACCUUCAUUUCUCUUCACUUGUAAUUAGAGUUCGCUUCGUGUUUUAAAUGAAAGGCCCAACAGGGGAGCAAUAAGCUGUGUAAUAAUGAGAAAUGCCUAAUCCCACAGGAAACCUGUUUGCCAAUUUUUCUCAAGCCAUCUCACAAAACUAAGAAUUGA